AGGGGGCGGGCAGAGAGCGCAGGAGCGACUUCAUGGAGGAAUUCGCCAGCGCGAGUUGGGACGGACUGAUUGCACCGUAGCAGGCUGCUGGCGACAGGCGGCCAAAGAAGUGCACUCUGACAGCAUCUACCGUGUCACCUACUCACUCCUGGGCAGCUGCUGUAGACUUCCCUGAGACAUUGGCGUCAACACACCUGUGGACACACCCUUCCGACUAUCAGAUGAAGCCAGCGAUUCGCCUGCGGUGGCGGGGCCUCAUGAGCCGAGUCGCCCCGUUUAUCCGCUGAGUCACCCCCGCCUGCCGGCAGGGACAUGGGAAGUGUCAGCAGCCUCGUCAGCAGCGACGGGCUCGACGGCAAACAGUGCACGGCAACCCGGCUGAAGUCGAGAACCAGAACGGGCGGCGGUUGCAGCCUGGACGCCUUAGUGAAGUGCGGCUUUACUCAGGGCCCCUGCUCGCCCCUCCACACCUCCAGGGGCCUGUCCCACUCACGGUCCGGGCGAAGCGAGGACUUUUUUUACAUAAAGGUGAGCCAUAAACCGAGGCCAGUCCAUCACAGAGGAGGAUCGACGGAAAACGGCGCUCGAAACAAAGCAGAAAAAUCUGAUGUGCGACCAAAACUGACGCUUAUGUCAGGAACUGAUGGGACCACCGCUGAGAAGUCACUGGUCCGAUCCACUGCCUACAAGCCUUUAAUUCCAAGGACUGUAUCGUCCACGGACGGAGAGCGCAACAGCCUGGACCAGGUCUUCAUCCAACUGGAGCAGGCAAAGACUCCUGAGGUCCAACACAAGCGAGACGCGCCCUCCGGCACUCUGUCGGACUCUGGACGUAACUCCAUGUCAAGCAUCCCCACCCACAGCACCAGCGGCAGCCUGAGCGCUUCCACGGGUCCUGUCAGUCACAGCGAUGGCCUCGGCAAGGGUGGGCAACCCAAUUUGUCCCCGUGGUCGAGGGGCAGUGGUGGCCGAGACAUCGGCUCCAGGGAGGCUGGCUCCCCGCCGUCUUCGGAUCGGCCUCAUCGCCUCUCUGAAACUGCGGGAGGCGUUCGGUCGCCUCUGACAACAGAUGAGUCGGUGAUUGAAACGUUGGAACAAAGACUGCUGGAGAGCGAUCUGCAGGACUUGCAGCAACAGGUCAGCUGUGAGGCGAAGGACGAGACGGAGGACUUAAACCAACUCUGCUCCCCCACGUUACCCCAAGCCUUUCAGACGGCCUCUAAAAGCCAACAAGCUCUGCAGCUGCAAGUCAGCCGACUCCAGGCAGAAAACCAGAGGCUCAAGGAGGAUCGGGCAAAGCUGAGCCGGGAGAGGGAUCUCGUCGACCGGAGACUGAGGUUCUACGAGGAGGAGAGGACGCAGCUCGCUCCGACUCUGGAGGAAACUCAGUGGGAGGUGUGCCAGAAAGCAGGAGAGAUCUCCUUGCUGAAGCAGCAGCUGAGAGACUGCCAGGAGGACGUCAGCCACAAGCUCAAGGAAAUAGUCAGCCUGAGGGCGCAGCUGAAGGAAAUCACAGCAAAGACUGCCGUGCUGGAGAAGGAGAACAAAAACCGCUGUGAAAAGCUGCGUACGCGCAGCGUCGAGGUGGAGGUUUGCCAGAACGAAUUUCAGCGCAAGAAGAAUGAGGCCGACCUGCUCAGAGAGAAAGUGGUCCAACUGGAGAAGGACAUUCAGGGACAGAAAGGAGACUUGACUGCGGCCAAAGACCAGGACCGGCAUCGACAGACCUCUCCGCCGGAAGCUUGUGGUCAGACCGUGGAGAGAGCCGCCACCAUCCAGAACCAAACAGACCGCCCUGGCGGAAAAGUCUCCGUGGACCUCCUCCAAAAAGAAACCGAGGGACUGAGGCGGCGACUCCGCGAGGAGAAGGAGGCUCAAGAGAAGCUUGUGGCCAACUUUGAGCAGGAGAGGCGCACGUGGAACAAGGAGAAGGACAAGGUGAUCAAGUACCAGAAGCAGCUGCAGAUCAACUAUCUGCAGAUGCAUAAGAAGAACCAGGAACUGGAGAAGGUUCUGAAGGAGCUGACUGCCGAGCUGGACACCAGAGCGGAGCUGGGCUUGGACCUCCACUAUCGCUCAGGGUUACAAACCUACGAUGAUGUCAUCGCCACGGAGAUAUGACGGCCUGCUUUCACAGCUGCGGUCAUUACUAACCACUGUUACUCUAGCACUCACACAUCAAUCAGCAGAUGGGGGAUUUAGUGACUCUUGGAAGAAAAGUAAUCAAAAUAUAUUUUGUACUGCAUGAUAUUAAUUUAUUGAGGGUUUUUUUUUUUAAUUCAUUGUCUUUGUACUUACACAGCUUAUAGGAGGAACCCUCAUUAAAAUGAUGUACGAUUCUCAAUAA